UCGAAAGUAUAUUCAUUAAGCGAAACCACAAGAUUUUAAGGGUUUUUUAAAUUUAUUUUCCCCCCCAUAAUUUCUACAAAACGACCUCACACAGUCACUGCCCUUGUGCGCAUGAGCUAAGAACAAAGCAGUACAGAGUGAGUCCCUGGGCUCUACCAACACGAGCUUUGGGAUGCGCGGGACUGAGCGCCUCUAUCACGAUGGACACUGGAUAGGUUUUAUUCCGUCAUAUCAGUGCACUAAAUGUUCAUUAGAAAUGGCUUUGUUACAAAUCUAAAGAGGGAAACCUGCAGGCGCGAUUAUGGUUCAGAACUCUGGACAGCGCAUCCGAGUGUCUGAUACGACUGGAGUUAUUUUAUCUCUGCGUGUCUAACAGACGAAGAAUCAUGCAGUUGAUAUCUUAUUCACUACAAAAGAUGGGCAAAUACAUCGCAAGGGAACUUCUGAAGUGAGAAAUGGACUUUGUGGAAAUUCUGUUUGCUUUGUUCAUCGUUGUGAUCGUGAUUGUUUCUUUUUUGUCGAACUUACUGGUGUUGCUAUGUUUAAUUCACAGCAGCGAAAUACGGCGCCAGGUGCCAGGGGUAUUUACCAUGAACUUGUCGUUUUGCAACAUACUGAUUUCUGUGCUGAACAUGCCGUCCACUUUAGUUGGGAUUGUAAAUCACCAGCAGCCUUUUGGGGACCGCCUCUGUCGCAUGCUCAGCUUUCUGGAGACCUUUCUUACAGCCAACAGCAUGCUGAGCAUGGCAGCACUCAGUAUAGACCGGUGGAUCGCCGUGGUUUUCCCGUUGAGUUACUCAAGCAAAAUGCGCUAUCGGGACGCGCUGGCCAUGGUGUGUUAUUCGUGGCUCCACUCGUUCACAUUCUCCCUCAUUCCGCUGCUUUUCUCCUGGUUUGACUACAGUCCCAUUUACGCAUCCUGCACGUUGCAUUUGAGCAAGGAGAGCGCACGGAUUAAGUUUACUGCGUUCACCAUCGUCUUUCAUGCCACCAGCUUCAUGCUCUCGCUCGUGAUAUUGUGUGUUACAUACUUAAAGGUUUUAAAAGUUGCACGCUUUCACUGCAAGAGGAUUGAUAUUAUAACCAUGCAGACCCUCUUCUUACUGGUAGAUAUUCAUCCAAGUGUUAAACAGCGCUGUAUUGCUGAUCAAAAGAGGAGGAAACAGCGCGCAACUAAGAAGAUUAGCAUUUUCAUUGGCUCUUUUAUCAUCUGUUUCGCCCCUUAUGUCAUCACAAGGUUGACUGAGCUGCUUCCCUUUGUAGAUGUCAAUCGGUACUGGGGUAUUGUCAGCAAGUGUUUAACAUACAGCAAGGCAGCUUCAGAUCCCUUUGCCUACUCCCUCCUGCGGCAGCAGUACAAGAAGGUCUUGGUAACGGUGGCCAAUCGCCUGUUGAAGCGUGAUAUAUACCCUUCCUCAGGACACAGCAGCUCUAUGGACACAGAGAAUGACUACAGUCUUCAGAGAAUCAGUUAAAUUUUGCAAAAUCUGUUGCAAAAACUGGAAAUGCCCAAUGCCUUGAUUUGAAAGGUCUGUGAGAAUUCAAAGUGUUUGUGUAUGUCUGUGUGUACCUGGUAUUCACUGUGCUAUGGGGACCAAAUGUUUUCACCAGGAUAGUAAUACCAGUAAUUUUGACCUUGUGAGGACGUUUUGUCCCUAUGAGGAAGACAGCUAAUAAAUCAUACAGAAUUAUAUUUUUUGAAAGUGUAAAAAUGCAGAAAGUGGGAGGGGUAGGUUUAGUGUAACGAGAUAGAAAACACAGUUUGUACAGUAUAAAAACAUUACGCCUAUGAAAUGUCCCCAUAAAACAUGGA